AUGGUGGGUCACGCGCUCCUGCAGAUGGCACUCGUACUCUGCCUGACCCAGCGGGCUCUGCAAGGAGGAGUCCCGCCACUAGGGAGCGCUCUGGGGAGACUGGGGCCUGGCAGAGGUGAGACCUUCUCGGUGUGUCUGUGUCAGGUGGUCAGCUUAAAUGAGCUGGAAUAUGCGCGUGAGACGUGUGCACGUGAGCGACUGCUGGACGCGAGGCUCUCCCUCUCCCUCUCCCCAGGUGCUGCUCUUGGUCCCGUCCCAGGUGCUGGCGGAGUUAAGGCUGGAGGUCCAGGACCGACACUUCCGCUGCAGGGGGGGCCGGGCUUCGGCGCAGGGCGGUUUCCCAGCGGCCCGUUCAGGGGUGUCCCGUUCCGGGGGCGACCCAGCAAAGCAGGUCGCUAUCCUGGUGCCCAGUUUGGAAUGGGUGCUGGCCUGGGGCCCGGUUUGGGGACCGCGCUCGGGAACGGACUCGGUGUUGGCCAGCUGCUGGGAAAGCAGCGCGGAGGGUACGGCGCUAAAGGCUUCGGCUACGGCGGGCAGCCUCUCGGAGGCCGUGCCGCUGGAGUCGCGCCGCAGAACGGCCAGGGGGCCAAAGCCACCAAAGCGGGUUACGGCCCCUGGACCGGAGGGUACCCGGGCGCGGGAUGGGCCAACGGUUAUGGACCAGGUGUGGGACCAGGCGGAUUCUUCGACAGCGGAAAGGCCAGAGCAGGCGAUUCUGGUGGCGCCGUGAGAGGGGGUUACCCGGGAGGAGGCUCCACCAACGGUUAUGGAACAGGUGCCGCUGGGCUGGGUGAGGGGGGCAAAGCCCGACCUGCAGGCUAUGGAAACGGUUACGGAGCUAUCGGCAAUGGCUACGGGAACGGAGUGGGAUACCCCACCGUACUUGCAGAUGCUGCUGGACUUGGAGGCAAAGCAGGAAAGAGAGCAGGGGGUGUCGGUGGCGCUCCAGGAGCCGCUGCUCCUCAGCUGCCCUACGGGGGCCAGCCCGUGGUGCCCGCUGGCCUGGGAGUUAACGGCAAGGCGGACCGCUACGGUGGGGCUCAGCCUUCCUAUGGGAGGCAGCCGGUCCAGCCAUUGGGGCUGGGUGCUGAUGGAGAUCUGGGUGCUCUAGGUGUUGACCUGGGAGGCGGGCUGGGGUUAGACUCGACCGGGAAAUACGGGAGCAUCGUGCAGAUGCCCUACAAUGGCCUCCCAGUCGUCCCUGCUGGACUGGACGGAAACGGUGGCUACCCUUAUGAUCCCCAGACCAUGGCGGCUGAGGGGAAAGUGCCAACCAAAUACGGAACCGGAACUUACGGAAACGGGGGCGUGCAGCCGGCAGCGUACAGCGGUCCCCUGGCGGCUGCCCAGGGCCCGUACGGGGGGAAGGAGAGCAAGUUUGGUCUCAACGGAUUCCUGGGCAAUGGAUACCGAGGCUGACUGCAGUGAGCGCGUCCUUUUCCGCAUCGUUUGUCCACUCUUUCUUUUGUCGAAUGUCUUUUUCUUUUUGCCGUAAGGGCCACUGACUUCUGUAUUAUUGUUUCCGUGGACCCUUCCACCCACCCUGUUUGGUUCCUCUGUCUGGAUUCCAGUAAAGCUCACAAAGUCCA